AUGUCUCACGAAAGUGUUUGGAACUCGCGCCCCCGAUCCUACGGAAAGGGCUCUCGAAGCUGCCGCGUGUGCAAGCACAAGGCUGGUCUUAUCCGCAAGUACGACCUCAACCUGUGCCGUCAGUGCUUCCGUGAGAAGGCCAAGGACAUCGGUUUCAACAAGUUCCGAUAA